GGUUUAUCAUUUGUAAAUUCUCUUCCAACACAGCAGACACCAUUCAGCAGCCACCGGUCAUACAAAUUUCAAACUUCACUUUUAUUACCGCCGAAGGAGUAAAAAUGUCUGAUAAAUGGGAAACCGUUAAGCCUAAACCCGCCACCAACAGUAAAUCUAAUUCUAAGAAAACUGUUCCUAAACCGAUGCCGAAACUUGAAGAUGUCCUACCGGCCGGAUCCAUCCAAGCGAUGUACACAGACUACGAGCCUGCCCCUGUGGCUGAAGUAAAGAAGGUGCCAAGCACCCCUAAGAAGGACCAGAAGAAGACUGUUGUAAAGAAAGAUGUGGUUCCUGCUAAGCCCAAGGUUCCCAAGAAUAUUCAAGAAGCAGUCAAGAUGAAUUUACGACUGGAUGAUCUAAAACAACUAGUUGAAUCUUGCCAAACCAAAUUCCCUGAUAGUCCUCUGCUCUGGCUCCGUGAUCUGGCCGCCUACCUCAACCUCAAGCUCGUCAACGAGGACAAGUCCGAGGUCGGAGUCUUUGAGGGGGCUCCACUCUCCGCCCUGACACAGAACAUGAAGAAGUUGAUGUACAGCGUGGUCCAGGGGGUGACGGAGUCUAUGCUUGAGACCUACCUAGAGACAUGUUUAUCUAACACGGCUCAUGAUCUAGCCAAGGGUCUAGAUGUCGAUGGCUGGAGAGUUAUGACCCAGGUAAUCCUGGAUAUAAACCCUGGUUUGGUUACCUCCAACCUAUCCCGGCUAGUGGAGCUGAGAAACAGUUAUCAGAACCGUCCUAACAUAGGACUAGCUCUGCUCUGGUCUGUCGGACAGGCUGGGAAGAAUGACCUGCAGACCGGGGUGAGGAUCUGGUUGGAGAUGAUGCUCCCUGUGAUGAGUAUGAAACACUACACUAGGUUUGUGGUUGAGUAUCUUGGACUUCUGCUCAACCAGCACAGGAUUACUAAGGAUACUGUGCUCAGCAAGCCAGUGAUGGAUCUACAGAACUUUGUUACUGUACAGGAUACUGUGUUCCUAGUAUCCGGUCAGCUGAGCAAGGAUUUUGGAAAGCAGCUCCGAGAUCUGUAUCCACAGCUCCGAGCUGCUGCUCUAGCUGGAUCCAGGAACCAUGAGAUAUUCCCAACCCUGAUGGAUAAACUAAAGAACCAGAAUAUGCCAGAUCAGGUUCUGGACAGUCUAGAGGUUUUGGCCAAUUGUUUGCUUGCCACCCCCGCAGCUUUAGUUCACUGGCAGCGCGUGUAUACCUCCCACCUAUCUCAGUCCGGUCAACUGGUUCAGUACCUGGACUCCAACUGGUCAAAGUAUAGAGGUCUCCAACAGAACCCGGAGUUCCAGGAAACUAUCCAGGCUUUCCAGGAUUAUAAUAUCUCUGCUACACACAAGGACGAUAUCGGACUCUGCAGGGAUGGUUGUGCCGCAUUGUUGGCUAAGAUGGCAAAGGGUGAAGGAGCAUGGUUCCCGUGGAAAACCCUCUCCUUCCUUCUCCUGAUUGCUACAGCAUCCAUAAUAAACCUGGAUAUUCAGAAGAACGGAGAGUUCAGUAGAUCCCAUUCAGGAGCAUUCUUCAAGGAUAUAGGACAGUAUGAUAGAUUGAUGGAUAUCUCAUCUAGAGCUCAGGUUGUAUAUGGGGCAGGGUACAGCUGGACUGAGACCAAUGUACCUGUGUACUACUCUAAGAUCAGAUCUAUAACUGGUCCUGCUCUGGAUAAUGCUGUAGAACAGACUAAGGAGUACGGAGUGUAUGUGUACGGGAAGGGAGGAGAAGGACUCCUUCUACUCCAGGACCAGCUGGUCCAGGUGGGGGCCCAGCUCCCCGGUCUCAAGCAGAGGGCCGGGGAGUUCAUCAUAAUCCUGCAGCAGGGGCUCAACACCUGCCAGGAAAAGGUUGUGAUGGCGUACACCGAGGUGGUGGGCGGUAAAGUGGACUGGGGGAAGGUUCAGGAGAAUGUUUUGAUAAAGAUCUCCGAGCUCCAGAUCAGCUUGAAGUCUGGACUGGACUGGACGAAGAAUCAGAUUAAUCAAUUAAUCAAAUAAUAUUUUUUCAUUCAAACCAAAAUUAUUUAUCUCUAAUUUUUAAUUCUAAAUCCUCCAAUACAAUAUCUCAAGUUUGUUACAGCAAAUAUUUGAGUUUAUUUAUUCCAGUUCAUGUUCAUAAAUUCGUCCUAGCCUUAGCAUGAAGAUUUUAUACAGGGUAUGUUUUAAUAAUCCUCCUCCGCAUUUCCUAGCCUUUGAUCUGUCACCCUGUAUGUGCCAAUAGUAUUGUGAUUUUGUUAUUUAUCUAUUAUAUAAUCAAUCUGUGAUGAUAGAUACAUCAUUAUAUUUUUAAAUACAUCGUUGCAUUUAA